UAGGAACUAUUGGGUUUAGUACUAGCAGCAAAUGGCAUGGGUACUUUCCUCUUUGAAGUUUGAAGUGGUUUGGUGCAAUUCUUCCUUCAGCUCUUGUUUAGUCCAAAACCGCUCUUCUUCCCUUCCUUCCACAGACCACAGUAUUAGCCUCAACACACGCUCUAUCUAUUAUAAAAUCCACCCUCUUCUUCCCUUGUCUGCAACAACAAUAACAAUCUUCAUCAUGCACAAGAGCUCUUCAGAUUCCACGUUGGGCCCGGGUGGCCUGGACCUCUCCCAGGCCUUCUUCAGGCCCAUAAACAACGCCGCCCCUCCCUCCCCGACCAAGCGCCACAACAAGAUCUCCGUCAUCGGCGCCGGCAACGUGGGAAUGGCCAUCGCGCAGACCAUCCUCACUCAGGACCUCACCGACGAGCUCGUCCUCGUCGACACCAACUCCGACAAGCUCCGCGGCGAGAUGCUCGACCUCCAGCACGCCGCCGCCUUCCUCCCCCGCACCAAGAUCCACGCCUCCGCCGACUCCUCCGUCACCGCCGGCUCCGACCUCUGCAUCGUCACCGCCGGCGCCCGCCAGAUCUCCGGCGAGUCACGCCUCAACCUCCUCCAGAGGAACCUCUCCCUCUUCCGCGCCAUUAUUCCCCCUCUCGUCCGUUACUCCCCCGACACAACUCUCCUCAUCGUUUCCAACCCCGUCGACGUCCUCACCUACGUCGCGUGGAAGCUCUCCGGCUUCCCCUCCAACCGCGUCAUCGGCUCCGGCACCAACUUGGACUCUUCCCGCUUCCGUUUCCUCAUCGCCGAUCACCUUGACGUCAACGCCCAGGACGUACAGGCAUAUAUAGUAGGGGAGCAUGGGGAUAGUUCGGUGGCGUUAUGGUCUAGCAUUAGCAUUGGGGGUGUUCCGGUUCUGAGCUUUUUGGAGAAUCAACAGAUUGUGUAUGAGAAAGAGACGUUGGAGAACAUACACAAGUCAGUGAUAGACAGUGCGUAUGAAGUGAUCAAGCUGAAAGGGUACACUUCAUGGGCCAUUGGGUACUCUGUGGCUAACCUGGCCCGGUCCUUUAUCAGGAACCAGAGGAAGAUCCACCCUGUGUCUGUUCUGGCUAAAGGCUUUUAUGGGAUCGAUGGAGAAGUGUUCCUGAGUUUGCCUGCAAUGAUUGGUAGAGGAGGGAUACUGGGUGUGACCAAUGUGCACUUGAAUGAAGAGGAGACACAGAGGCUUAGAGAUUCGGCCAAGACCAUUCUCGAAGUACAGACUCAGUUGGGUAUUUGAAUUUUCUGUGAUGGGUACUGCUUUUUUUUUUUCCUUUAAUUUUCUUUUGUUCUUCCCACCAGCAUGAUGUGGUUUGGCCUAAAUUAUUAGUAGUACUUGCUACUGUUAGUGUUAGUUCCUGCCCUCUUCUUGCAGUGCAAGUGUUUUUGUUGCGUCAAGUGCUGGCUGGAUCUCGUGAGAUGUGUUUUGUUUCCUGUAUGGUUUUAAUUAGCCAAGUAAAAUUUCAUAUUUCUGUAGUUGCCGUGUUUUGUGCCUCUAUUCAGUCAAUUACGGAAAAAGAUCUUCAUUUCUUUUUCUUUCCAUUUCUAUGAUUUUAGAAAAAAUAAUGAUACUCUCCUAUUAAUGUGUAUCAUGCCAGUUUCAUUUAUUUGUCCAAAAUUUGAGUAAUGGAAGAAACAGAGAGGAUCUUAACCCGUGAA